UAAACACUUGUGAUCAAUAAACAUUAUUUCAUGAUAAUAUCUAAGUAAAUAGCAGAGAUCUAUAUAAAUGAUGACAUUCGAAUAUAACUCACAACAGUUGCAUUCAAAAUACCUAUACUACCAAGAAGGUGACAAGAAAGUACCAUGGCUUUUAAAGUUUCUACAUUGUUCGUUCUGGUUAUCUCCGCAUUGAUUUUGGAGGCAAACAGUCACUCAGCAGAGACCAAGUCCCUAGGCAACGAAAUAGACGAUCUGCUGCAUAAGUUGCGAGAAGCAGUUGACAAAGCUGUGGUCAAGGCCCAAUCAGCCCUAGACGAAGCCACAACCAAAGUGAACCAGACAGCCCAAAAAGUAGAAGAUGCAGCAGUCCAACAGAUGCAGUCCACGGAGCAGAAGCUGACGGAAGAACUCGACAAACUCAAGCAGAAGGCCAAGGAUGCCGGGGUCAAUAUUGACGAGUGCCUUGGAGCUGACGAGCAAAGGCUGAUCAGCUUGCCCAAUGUGUAUUCCGAUGAUUUGGUUCAUUGCGUGGAAGACCAGAUCACCAGUGCAAUCAAGUAUGCGCAAGACGGUCUCAACCAGAUCAAAACAGUCGUGGACGAUAUCGAGAACAUUAAACAGGAAGUGAAAGACUGCGGACACGGACUGAAGGCUGUCAAAUGUCUGGCCAAGCUGGCUGCCAAAAUUGAGAAGGACAUCACGACGCUGCCCGCAAAAAUUGAGGCGGACGCUGUUGCCACCGCUGCUCUUAUCACCCAAUUGGUGCCCAACAUCGAGAAAUGCGCCUCUGACAAGACUAGCGCUCUUGAAAAUGAGGGCGAGGAGAUAUUGAAGAAGAUUGGUGUGUGUGUGGCUACCAAGAUUGUGACGUGAAAUUGGAGAGAAUUCUGACAGAUCUUUGUAUGACUGAUGAGUAUUAAUAAAGUACAGUGAAUUCA